UGGAAAACCAGGCUGUGACGGACCUUAGGUUCCUGUUUUAGGGAAACCAGCAGCAGCUCUUCAGUCCUGCUUUUAUUUAUCAUUCUAAAGAUGCUCAGUUUUAUGAUCAUUUGUUUUAUUUGGCUAAUACACUCUGAUGUGAUCUACAGCAUAGAAAACACCACAGUUUCAGGUCCACGAAGCUUCGGAUACGUGGACAGUUCAGUGACCCAGUUCUCGGUUCCAGAGGAUCACCACGUCUGUCUGCCAUGUCAGGGUCCAGAUGUGAUCUGGACACACCAGAACACGAAGGUCCUGGUGACCCGACGAGGCAGCAGCCAGACAAACCAGGACCGGCAACGUUACCUCCUGUUAAUGGAUGGAGGCCUCUGUCUACUGAAGCUGGACGACUCAGAUGGAGGAGAGUAUCAAUGUAACCAGCAGCUGGUGGCCGAGCUGCAGGUCCUCACAGGCAACGACUUUCAGGUGUCUGCAGGUUGGACUCUCCUGCUCCCCUGCAGAGGCUCCUCCAAAACCAAACAGAGGUGGUUUCGACAGAGGGGGAGAGAAAAGAAAGAGGUCAUCUUCACCCGCUUCAGGAAUGGUACGGAGAAGCCAGAGCGGGACGGAGACCGGCUGAGCUACAUGAACAAUGCUCUGCAGAUCAGAGACCUGCAGCCAGAGGACGCUGGAGAGUAUCAGUGUAACGGUGUGCUGCAGGCAAGGGUCUCUGUCCUGGAGGAAAAUUCAUAUCCAUUCGUCUCCGCGUCGUCCCGAACAACAGCAUCAUCUGGAACGAGGACCGAUGCAGCUGAAGUCAAAAAUAAGACAAAGAAGAAACAUGAGAAUGUUCUGAUGCUGGUCGCAGUCUCCGGGUUCGUGUUAAUGACCAUCUCACUGCUCACCGUCUGUGCUUUACUCAUCAGCACCAAGCGCAGAAGAAGAAACAGGAAGUACAAAUAUGCAGAAAAGGGACACGUGGACACAGAGCUGCAGCUGUGGAUAACAUCAAGCUCACAAACCGAGUAUGAGAAGUUUGAGAGGCCGUCCCAGCUGGAGGAGACGAUCCACUACGCCUCUCUGGGCCGACAGAACUGGAAGCAGAGGCCCAACUCUCCUCCGCCGGAUCAGAACCACAAUCAAGUUAUUUAUUCCUCUAUCGUCACCAGACCUGCAGCGAGAAACACCUUCUGCUGAGUCCAGCUGUCUGCAAACAUUUAAAAGAUAAAAAUAAAAGGACAUUGACUAAAUAAAGAGGUGUAAACAAGUCAAAAGUCUUUCCAGUCAAGUCCAGAGUCAAUAAUGUGGAAGUCCAAGUCCUUAACUUUGAAUUUUCAAGUCACAAUCAAGUCAUCUGUCCAACUUUAAUAUGACAAUUUAAUUGCCACUUUUGGGGUAAAAUAUCGAAUAUGCUCAAGUCAUCAAGUCAACAGAUGCAAGUCAAUUCAAGUCGCAAGCCAUUGGCGUUCAAGUCUGAGCCAAGUCAUAAGUCUUUAUAGAUUUUAUUAAGUCAAGUCAGAAGUUAUUAAAAUAAUGACUUGAGUCUGACUCGAGUCCAAGUCAUCUGACUCGAGUCCACACCUCUGAAAUAAAGCAAUUGUCUUUUGGUUUUGAAGAAUUUAAGAGUUUUAGAAACGUUAGAAUUUAACAGAUUUAACCUAUUAAAUGGUAAAAAAGAGAUUGGAGACAUUUGAAUGAAUGUACUGU